AUGCAAGUACUAUCCUACUGCGUCCUUCUCCUGCCGCUCCUGCUGCUUCUCAGCUCUGGUAUCCCGCCGGCUGCGACGUCCAACGAUGAUGAUUGCAACGAGGUGGUCUGCGGAUCGGUGGUCUCCAAGUGCCUGCUCACACAGAGCUGCCAGUGCAAGUUGAACGACUGCCACUGUUGCAAGGACUGCCUGAAUUGUCUGGGUGAGCUGUUCACCGAGUGCUGUGGAUGCCUGGACAUGUGUCCCAAGCACAAGGACGCCCUGCCAUCCCUGACGCUGCGCUCGGAGAUCGGGGACAUCGAGGGCCUGCCCGAGCUCUUCGAUACCCUUACCGCCGAGGACGACGAGGAAUGGUCCACCAUUCGCUUUCAGAUGCGCCCCGGCUUCAAGCAACGUGUCCAAGGCAACAGUGCUGGACACAGUGACGGCGGAACUGGGACUGGAACAGGAGCUGGAGCUGGAGGCGGAACCACCAAUAUGUGCACUGUGAUCUAUGUGAACUCCUGCAUCCGGGCGGACAAGUGUCGGCAGCAAUGCGAGAGCAUGGGAGCCAGUAGCUAUCGAUGGUUCCACGACGGCUGCUGUGAGUGCGUCGGCGAAAAUUGCCUCAACUACGGGAUCAAUGAGAGUCGGUGCCGGGGGUGUCCGGAGGACGAUGAGCAGCUCCUCACCGCCGACACUGUCCAGGGCGAAGCUGAGCAAGAUCUGGAGCAUCUAUUUGGCAACGAGGAGAACGAGGCCAACAUGAAUUUCGGAGAAGAUGAGGACGAUUUCCUCUAA